CCUGCAUCCAAACCACAGACUGACUCUCCAACCCUUCAUUAAUUCUAAUUAGGGUGCCUCACACCCUACCAACUUACAACAGUACUCUGCCUACUGAUAUAACACUCGUCAUUCAUGGAAGGAGGUUGAGAGCAAACACCUACAGAGCUUCCAGUCUGUCUUUCCCCAAGGCAAGGAGCAGUAGCUUUUUGGAGAGUGGAUGAGCGGGGUGUAUGGAAGUUCUGGGAUUCGAUGAAGACCGCUGCCUUUAUACUGGGCCCUGCCCUGCUCAUGUUUGUUGCUUUCAGGAACUCAGUCACAUGGCACCUGCAGAAAUUCUGGGGAGCCUCUGGCUUGUUCUGGCAGACUCAGUGGGAGAACUUGUACCACCUCCUAGGGAGAAAUGAAUGGGCGAUUUUCAUAGUUUGCACUGGAAUAAUUCCUGCCCUGGUUUUCUGGAGCUUCAAUGGAAUCUUGAUGGUAGCAGAUGUGACUGGGAAGCCGAGUUUCAUCACCCAAUACCGCAUUCAGUUGGGAAAGAAUGAUCCUGUGGACGGAAAAAAACUGCAGAAUGCCAUACGAACAGCCCUGUUCAAUGAUUUUUUCAUCUCUCUGCCCAUGAUUAUCCUCAUGCUCCCUAUCAUGAAAUGGAGGGGGGAGCCAUGCAGUUUGCACUUGCCCACUUUCCAUAGGUUUCUUCUCGAGCUGGCAAUCUUUACGCUAUUGGAGGAAAUUCUCUUCUAUUACUCUCACCGGCUUCUUCAUCACCCUCUCCUAUACAAACACAUUCAUAAAAAGCACCAUGAAUGGACCGCUCCUAUCGGUGUAGUUUCUAUCUAUGCUCAUCCAGUUGAGCAUGUGGUUUCCAACAUGCUGCCUGUGAUGACUGGCCCAAUCCUCAUGGGAUCUCAUGUUACAUCCAUCAUGACUUGGCACUCCCUUGCCUUUCUGGCCACCACCAUUUCUCACUGUGGCUACCAUUUACCUUUCCUGCCCUCACCAGAGUUCCAUGACUAUCAUCACCUCAAAUUCAAUCAGUGCUAUGGUGUCUUGGGUGUACUGGACCGCCUGCAUGGAACAGAUCUGUUGUUCAAGCAAUCAAAGGCCUACGAGAGACACACAGUUCUGUUGAGCUUCACCCCCCUCACUGAAAGCAUUCCUGAUUGUCCUAAGAAAUCAGAGUGACCCUUAAGUGCAGCUUAUUUCCUUCGCCAUCAUCCAGAUAAUCUCAAGAAUCAGGAGAUAUCAGAUUUUCUCGCAAGGCACUCUACAAGAUUAUUGUGGCAGGUUUCAUGUUUUCAUUGGCAAGAGACAGCUUGACCUAUAACACAGCCUCUGAAAAGGGUCAGGGUAAUACUCAUGUUUGUAGAGCACCAUGACAGAAGAUGAAUGAAUGGCAGCAUCUACAGAAAUGGUUGUGGUUGACCAAAGAAAGCAAACAGCUAAAAGUACCGUAUAACAAAGGGUGCUGGAGGUGAGAGAAUAUACUUUAUGGGUUACAGAAAACAACUAACUCUCAUAGAAUUCCAAGUUGGAAUUUCAGCCCAACCCAACAAAGGACCAAGAGCAGGGACAUUCGAGAGCAUUUACCGUAUUUUCCUGUGUAUGAGGAUUUUUUUGCAAAAAAAAAAAAA